AUGACCACCCCUCCUCGUGUUACUCCUGCUGCCAGUUCUGUGGAGAUCGCAUAUCAGAAUGCUUUCUCCCGUCUUGAUGCCGCUCUUCGAGCUCGAGAUGAUAGCCUCUCUGACAUCUAUUCCGAUGACAAUGCUGGUGCUCCUCCGAAGAUCCUCUCGGAGUUGGAGACUGUCCACUCAAACAAUAGCAAGGUCUCAAAGGUCACGGAAACUGCUCUUGCUUUCCUCUCCCAAACGGAUGACUCGGCUACCCACGAUGUCGAAAGUGUCCGCAUUGAGGCUGCAUCCCCAGCGCCAACGACUCACCUCCACCACGAUGAGGUUGAUGAGGACCUCAUUUCUUUUGAUGAGGAUCCCACUCCUGCCGGCACUAUCCCGAUUACUAUUGCGGAUGGUUUCCCUCCUACAAGCACUUUCGCUAAGGAGGUUGAAGAGGUCGAGAGUGGCAAUGUCGCGCUCGAUGUCUACCCUCCAGCCGGCGUUCACGAAAAUGACAAUGUUGUCAAGUGCUUCAAAUGUGCCGAUGACUGUGUUGAAAAUGUCAUCACAUGCGCUUGCAACCAUCAGUAUUGUGCUGAUUGUCUCAAUGACAUGGUCAAGACUUCAAUCCAUGGGCCUACUCCUUUCCCUCCUGUCUGUUGCGAAAUUGCAAUCCCCGUUGACAUCAACUCUUCUGUCUUCGAGCAGAAUACUUUGUACGAUUUCCUGUGGAAGAAAUUUGAGGCGUCUGAUGUCAGUGAACAGGGUGGUGUCGAUGAACGGGGUGAUAAGUCGCUUCCCUCUCUUCUCUCGCUUUCGAUCGAGGAGAAAACGGAGUACUCGUUCAGUGGAUUUGGUGCAGAAGAAGCCGAUAAUGAGAAUAAGUGUCACUUGUGUCACAAGGCUAUUGAAAAGGGCUUGUAUUGCCCUGACUGUUGCUACCAAUGCAAUAACAGCAGAGCGGCCUGCAAAUGCGACUGGUGGGAUGGCCGCCAGCGCCGUGAAAAGGGCGAGGCUAUCGUCAAAGCGUCAUAUUUUCAGACUGCUCAACCUCAGGUUGCACCCUUUCGAGGACAACGAAAGCAGUUCGGGGGCAUUUUCGAACGCAACAAUGGAACACGUCGUGCCGAGACCCAGAAUCGAGCUUGCCAGCACCCAUUGAUGAAGCAAGUGAAGUUGUCGGGUCGAUGCUUUGACUGUCAGCACAUGCUGCCUGCGUUCCUGUGGCAAUGCACACGCUGCAAUUAUUCAGUUUGCAAACAUUGUGGUAAGAAGCGGGGAAUAUUCUCCCAUUGAUGUUUCUACAUUGACGACGGAAAGGCUAUGGGAUGUAUUGAUGAGUUGGUGGAAAUGGUAGGGUGUGCGAUGGCGCGACGAUGAUGAGUGAUGAUGAUGUGCUGGUGUUGGAAAGCAGUCAUGAUGGUGGGAGAAGGUCGCGACGAUGGAGGGUCGUCUUGUGUGAUCCAGUGUGCUCUGUCUUUGUCAGGAGUAGAUAUCGUAGUCUGUAAGAUGGAAAGAAUGUCGAUGAGU